CACAUCUCUGCAUGUCUGGCAGACAUAUUAGUGUGGAUGACGGAUCACCACCUCAAGCUGAACCUCGGCAAGACGGAGCUGCUCUUCCUCCCGGGAAAGGACUGCCCAUUCCAUGAUCUCGCCAUCACGGUUGACAACUCUGUUGUGUCCUCCUCCCAGAGUGCAAAGAGCCUUGGCGUGACCCUGGACAACACCCUGUCGUUCUCCGCUAACAUCAAGGCGGUGUCCCGAUCCUGUAGGUUCAUGCUCUACAACAUUCGGAGAGUACGACCCUGCCUUACACAGGAAGCGGCACAGGUCCUAAUCCAGGCACUUGUCAUCUCCCGUCUGGAUUACUGCAACUCGCUGUUGGCUGGGCUCCCUGCCUGUGCCAUUAAACCCCUACAACUCAUCCAGAAUGCCGCAGCCCGUCUGGUGUUCAACCUUCCCAAGUUCUCUCACGUCACCCCGCUCCUCCGCACACUCCACUGGCUUCCAGUUGAAGCUCGCAUCUGCUACAAGACCAUGGUGCUUGCCUACGGAGCUGUGAGGGGAACGGCACCUCCGUACCUUCAGGCUCUGAUCAGUCCCUACACCCAAACGAGGGCAUUGCGUUCAUCCACCUCUGGCCUGCUAGCCCCCCUACCUCUGCGGAAGCACAGUUCCCGCUCAGCCCAGUCAAAACUGUUCACUGCUCUGGCACCCCAAUGGUGGAACAAGCUCCCUCACGAUGCCAGGACAGCGGAGUCACUCACCACCUUCCGGAGACACUUGAAACCCCACCUCUUUAAGGAAUACCUGGGAUAG